AUGGUGGAAGAAAUACCGGUGCUUUUCCCACCCGAUAGCAGUAAUUCAUCCAAUAGUAGCAUAAGUUUUUUCCAAACACUCAUCGACGAAGCCGAACUACAAGAUACCAACACAUCUAGUAAGAAACAUUAUCUUUGUCGCCAUCGUGAGAGUGGCCACGAAGCCCUUAUGGUAGAUUAUUUUGUCGAGGAACCGAAAUACAACGAAAAUAUUUUUUGUCAUAGGUUUCGUAUGUCAAAACGUUUGUUUCUAAAAAUUGUGAGCAACGUGGAAGCGAAUAACCCGUGGUUUGAAGAGGGCGUAGAUGUGAGAAUGAAGAAGAGUUUUACACCAUUGCAAAAAGUUACAUUGGCUAUUAAACAACUUGCAACAGGUAACCCUCCAGACGAGAACGACGAGUAUUUAUAUAUGGCCGAAAGGACUUCCCGCGAGUGUCUAGAAUAUUUCUGCGAAACGGUUUGUAAAAUAUACGCUCCCAAGUUCUUAUGUAGGCCAACAAGCCUGUAA